AGGAAGGCCAAAUUCAGAGCAAGGGAGUGGUCUGUGAAGAGGACUGACUGGUUUAGGCACGUAAACGAUUUACCAUUGUCUUCACCUUAACUCUUUUCAGGAUGGGCUGCCUUCACCUUCUUCCUGCAUUUCCGAGGGUUUCUGUGGGGGUUUUCUUCUUAGCCUUUUGGGGAGUGGUGGCAGGUGACAAGCUGCUGGUGGUACCUCUGGACGGAAGCCACUGGCUUAGUGUCAAGGAUGUAAUUGAGCGUCUCAGCACCAGAGGCCAUGACAUUGUGGUGCUAGCACCAGAAAUCAAUUUGCUAUUGAAAGAAUCCAAGUACUACUCAAGAAAAGUUUACCCAGUGCCCUACAACCAAGAGGACCUGAAGAACCGUUUCCAUUCCUUUGGGAACAAUCUGUUUGCUGAGAGGUCCUUUCUGGCCUCUCCUGUGUUUGAGUAUAGGAAUAGCAUGAUUGUCAUCGACAUGUGGUUCACCAACUGCCAGAGCCUCCUGAAGAACCAGGACACCAUGAAUUUCCUCAAGGAGAGCAAGUUCGACGUUCUUCUCACAGACCCAGGAUUACCCUGUGGCGUGAUCCUGGCAGAGUACCUGGGCCUGCCCUCUGUGUACCUCUUCAGGGGCUUCCCGUGCUCCCUGGAGCUCAGGUUCAGCAGAACCCCAAGCCCUGUGUCCUACAUCCCCAGGUACUACACAAUGUUUUCAGACCAGAUGACUUUUCCUCAACGAGUGGCCAACUUCCUUAUGCACGGGUUGGAGCCCUUGUUACUUUAUUUUCUGUAUUCAAAAUAUGAAGACCUUGCCUCAGAUGUCCUGCAGAGAGAUGUGCGCCUACCCACCUUGUAUCAGAAGGCCUCUGUCUGGCUGCUAAGGUAUGACUUUGUGUUUGAGUACCCCAGGCCGGCCAUGCCCAACAUGGUCUUCAUCGGAGGCACCAGUUGCAAAAUCAAGAAGGCCCUGUCUCAGGUUGGUGCUGUUUCUUUUGCAUUGUUCCCUUUCUUCAUGGAUGGACAUUGUUCUUCUAGGCUCUGUCAUUCCUUGCUUGAGCCAACUGCCACCUGGGGGACUGCCUGAAACCACAGUAGCAGGCUGGGCUUUGAGUAGUGGGGGACCCCUCAGGAGACCUGAGGUUGAAGUGAUAUGGAGGCAUUUGAGUGAAUAGAGGGUUCAUGCCUAGUAAGGAUGAAACAUGAUCAGAUGGGUGAUCUGGGGUUAGUCACAGAAUUAUUGAACAAGCCUUGGAAAUGUCUCAGCACAAAGAGGUGAAGGUUUGACCAAUGGGACAGGUCCGGGUCAGGACCCACUUUCCCAAUUCUGCCUGUGUUUGUCCUUGGACCCUAAGCCAGGAGUCAGCAAGCAAUAGCCAGG